AUGGCGACGGCAACAUCAAACGAGAUGAGCUCAGCGAGUCAUUACAAAAUCUCGGGAUCUGCGUGCCGGAGAAGAAGCUGGGGCGAUGAUUGGAAGAUUGACGCCAAUAACGUCGAGGAGUUCAGCGCCCUAUACGCGGCGGUGAUGGCAGACGGUGGAGGGAACGAGGCGGACAGCCGUGAAGAGGACAUAGUCAAGAUCGACUUAGGUGGCGACGGGAGGGCCAACUUUGACGACUUCCGGCAGAUGAUAAAGUACGGUGGGUUUGUCAGGAUUCGUGACCGACUGCGGCCGGAGCUCCAUCCUGGAGGCUGUGAUGCGCAAAUGCCGAUGAUCGGGUGGCCGAUCUAUGCGGAGCAGAGAAUGAACAUGGUGUUCAUGGGUGAGGAGCAGAAGUGCCUUGAUUUUUACGCACUUUGA